AUGCCACCAACUCUGUACCUGAUCCGCCACGGUCAAGGCGAGCACAACGUCAACAAUUCCAACCACCUACGCGAUCCAUUGCUGACCGCAAAGGGCAAAGACGAAUGCCUUCAGCUCCGAGAAGAAUUUCCCUUCUCAAAGGAAAUCUCUAUUGUCCUUGCAUCUCCUCUUCGGCGAACCAUUCAAACAGCAGCUUGGGUAUUUGCACCAGAAUUGGAACAGCGCCAAUUGCCUUUCAUCCUAGUCCCGGGUGCCCAAGAGAUCAGUGGAUUUAACUGCAAUCAUGGCUGGGAUGAGGAUCGUGUCAAAUCCCAGGCUCCAAAGCUGGUCGCUGAAGUGGCGCCUGACUUUGAAAGUUGCCAAUGGGCUGGGGUAUAUGCCCACACGCUUUCUGCUAUCUGUAAACGCGCUGCCGACUUGCGGCGAUGGCUUUGGAAUCGUCCUGAAGAACAUAUUGCCCUUGUAACCCAUGGUGGAUUCUUGCACUAUCUCAUGGAGGACUGGGCUGGCUAUGAUAGAGUUCACUGUACUGGUUGGAAGAAUUGUGAGUGGCGAAAGUUUGAGUUCACGGCGGACUCAAAUGAAGGAGAUGCUCAUCUGAAGGAAGUGGGAAACACGCGGUCAAAAGAAGACAGACCAGCGGGUCUUGACGCUCAUCUGAUCAAAGAGAUCUAG